GUUUGGAUCUUGUCCUGUAUUAAGAAGAUGUCUGGUCGCGGGAAAGGUGGCAAAGGGCUGGGAAAGGGAGGCGCCAAGCGACACCGGAAAGUCCUCCGGGAUAACAUCCAGGGCAUCACGAAGCCCGCCAUCCGCCGGCUCGCCCGCCGAGGUGGUGUCAAGCGCAUUUCUGGGCUCAUCUAUGAGGAGACCCGGGGAGUCCUGAAAGUCUUUCUGGAGAACGUGAUCCGCGAUGCGGUGACUUACACCGAGCACGCCAAGCGCAAGACGGUCACCGCCAUGGACGUGGUGUACGCGCUGAAACGUCAGGGCCGCACCUUGUACGGCUUCGGCGGCUGAGCAGUUUCUGCGGCUUUUUUUCGAACUCAUAAAGGCCCUUUUAAGGGCCCCCAGAACGUCAAGAAAAGAGCCAACACUUUAUAUACCGUGUGAAUGGGACCUGGGUGCGGAUAAAGGGGUCCGAGGAAGCCCUGCCCUGGCGGGUGGCUCCGGUCUGCGGGUGGCGGGCUUGGGGCAUAGAAACUGGGCUUUCGUCUUGAUUUCGAGUUCCUUGUGCUGUAAGAGAUGUGUGUAAGAGCGAACGGCUUCUAAGCAACCCGGCCCUCUGUCCCCGAGCCUAUAUGGAGAAGCUUCUAUGCAAAUUAGGGCUGGCUGGUACUGCCUCCGAUUGGCUCGGAGGGCCGCGCGUCAGAGGGGGCGGCUCCCCACGGUAGACCGGUCCCCGGAGAACGCGGGAGUGGGAUGGCGCGAAAGCGCUAGGUGCUGUCCUAGUGGCGCCCCGGAGUGCCGCAGAGUGUGAAUAUUUUAUUUCUUUGCUGACGUCUGAGUAGGAGGGGACCAAGUCCCGACGCCUAUUGGAGGCGGCAGAGCGCGGGCGAUUUCGAAGGCGGGGCCUAGCUCGCGGCCGCGGCUCUACUGGGUAUGAGCAGCACCUGGCGGGUGGGCGUCCCGGCCCGAGUACCUGGCAGGGGUGCUCGAGCUUUAGCUGACUACGGAGGUACCUGCAGAGCGGCCAGGCGCGCGGGGCAGCAUCCUGCUGCUGCUCAGGAGUCAGUGUCGUGUGACCCGGUAGCAGCCGGGAGAUAAGCCCUGGUUUAGGAGUAAAGGCCCUUUUCUGAGCUGCCGGUGCGGCUGGAGGAGGGAGAUGAGUGGAGGGCCGCGUUCUAAUAAAUUCCGCGCAAAUGGCGUGGGGCAGAAAGCUGUGUGGUCGCGGGUCUUCCUGCUCCGUGAUUCAGCGCGGCGGCCUGGCACCCGGAGCCAGGCACGGCCAAGUUUGAGGGCGCUUUGCCCAGGUGGCGGGACACAGGGGGACCCGGCGCGGUGCGGACCUGCAGGGGCCUCCCGUGGGGCGCCGCGGGAACCGAGCUUGAGACCCGAGUUUGAAACAUUUCUAGUGUUCCUUAGCGGAGGCUGGCAUUAUACCGUUUAUCGGGAGUCAGGCGCUUUGGCACUUUGUGUUCCGUUACUGCGUUUGAUUCUCCGGCAAAUUUAUGAAGUAUUGUUAUUACUGUUUUACAGAUGAGGAAACUGAUAAUGGGGGGUCGGGGGUGUACGAACUGGAGGCAGGAUUUGAUCCCAACCCUGUUGGAUCCCUCACCCUUUGACCUUAACCCGUUUAUGACUCUGCUUCUGCCAUAGAGGCCUCUUGGCCCUACUUUCUGAUAUUUUAGUUGACAAUGUACUUGCUCAACUACCUGGAAACUGAUAACAUGUACUGUUAGGUUCCAGCAACCUCGAAAUCUUUGAUCUGAAGGAGCUUGAACAACUCUAUCAUUUCAAGUUGGAACUUUUGUGGAAUACCUAUGAAGUUCCAGGCCUUUUUCUCCCCUGAACUAAAACAUGUAUUUAUGGGCUGGUGCAGAAUCAGAUUUGAGUAAUAUGGCCACUGAGCUCUAUGGUUCAGUGAUGGGCAGUGUCCCUGAGAAUGAAUUACCCCCAACGUGGCUCUUCAAUACCAGCUCCUAAUUGCUGGCAGGGAGGCUGUAUUCCAUAGUCCACGUGACCAGUGGGGCAUGACCAGAAAGGAGCGUGGGGAAGAGUGGACCAAAGGACCCAGCUAGAGGCUGCCCAGCUGGAGUCCCUGCCUCCCUAAAGGCACAGAGUAAAACAAGUGAGCCCAAGGAGUAUGGUUCUGAGGCAUAAAUGUGACUGUGAAUGCUACAUUCAUCUAUUCGGAUAGUGUGAUUUAUAAGUCAAAUGACUGCAGGAGUAGCACCUGUGAAGGCCUUGACCUACUCAGGGAAAUUUCU